AUGAAAUUCAACGUUUUUCGUAAGAGCCAGAACGAAAGCGCUUCAGGUUCUCCGGAAAGCCAAAAUACCGAUACGGAAGCUCAAACUCACGUCACAUUGCUUCCAGGUAGAGCUUACACUCCAUACGCCACAUCCUCAUUCAGGCAACACUCUAUGUUAACAACUGCAACAGUUGUAUACAAGAUCGUAUGUGUCAUUUCACUUCCAUGGGUUGCGCGUAUAGUAGACUGCUUCAGUAGAGUGACUGGGUUCUUCAUUGCCCUGGUAUUCUUGAUAGCUACUUACGUUAUGUUUGCUGCCUCCAAAAACGUUGGAAUGUACUUGGCUUCACAAAUUUUCCUGGGUAUUGGUAUUCCUUCUUAUGUCAUGAUGGAGAGGGUGUUCAUUGCUGACACCACUCAGAUCUUGAACAGAGGAUUGUGGACUGCUCUGCCAACAGCUGUUGCUUCUAUUCCCACCCUUUACGUCGCCUCUAUUGUAGCAGAAAAGAUGCUGGAGCAUUCCACCUGGAGAUGGGGCUACGGAAUGUGGGCUAUCAUCAUUCCUGUUUCUUUGGCACCGUUGAUUCUUAUUAUGUGGAAAUUGGAUAGAAGGGCCAAGAGAUAUGGCGUCACACAUAACAUUAAAUCCACCUUAAAUCUUCCCGAAGGCAGCUGGUACAAAAAAGUGGCUCACCUGUUGUACGUUGAGCUAGAUAUAGUUGGAGGCCUGUUGAUGCUUACUGGUCUUUCUCUCUUCUUCCUCCCCUUUACCCUUACAGGAUCAGCAUCAAUCUUAAGAUGGAAUGAAGCCACUACAAUUGUCCUCUUAGUCAUUGGUUUUCUAAUUUUGGUGUUAUUUGUGUUGUGGGUCCUCUCAAAGUUUCCCAAGAGACCGUUCCUCAGUGUAAGCAUUUUGAAACGCCCAUCGGUUUUGAUGGCAUGCACAUUACCGCUUUUUGAUGCUAUUAAUACUUCCUUAUCAGGAGCCUACUUUCCUUCCGUACUGCAAGUGUCAGGUCACUUCACAGUUGGAGAAGCUGCCAGAAUCCCUAGAGCCGCCAACGUUUGUCAAAUGGUCGGUGCGGUCCUGGUUGGCCUCUUGAUAAAGUACACCAAGACUGCAAAAGUAUUUAUGGUCUCAGGAGUAUGCUUAAUUGUCCUCACUCAAGGGUUCUUCUGCUAUCUUGCUAACAAUAAUGGUGGAUUUGGCUCAGAGCUUCAUUGGACUGUAAUUAAAGUGUUUGAAGGUUUCGGAAGGGGUUUCUACAACAUUCCCACAAUUAUUUCCGUGCAAGCUAACUCGGAUCCAUCACAGAUAGCUCCAUCCAUUGCAAUGUUUACCAUGUUCAAUCAAAUGGGUGCCGUAAUUGGUAAUUCUAUUUCGGCAUCAGUUUGGAAUGAACUUGUAAUUAAAAGACUGACGCAGUAUCUUCCAGAAGCGUCUAAGAGCAGAGCUAGAGAGAUUUUUGGAAACAUCAGGGUUGCAAUUGGCUACGCGGAGGGAACUCCAGAAAGAGAGGCUAUCGAUAGGGCGUACAGAGAGGUUUUGCAGAAACAGGGAUACAUUUCGCUCGGGUUCCUAAUUCCAGCUCUUAUUUUAGUAUUUUUCAUCAAAGGGUUCGAUCCGACACAGCGAACAUCAGUCAAUGUUGGUGAUGAUGGAGAAGUGGUAUUGACAUCAGCUCCUGGAAAGGACGGCGAAGCACAGCUAAAUACCAUAGCUGCGAACUUAUCUUCCUCUCCAUCUAACUCUGAUAUUUCAGAGGAACGAGAAAGUUCGGAGAUUACUUCACAGGAGAAAAAAAGUGAACUCAAUGAGUCGGAGGCCAAGUAG